AUGCCAUUUGAGAAUGCAACAUGUGAAUUUUCUGGAAAUACAUAUGUAACUUUAAGCUGGACUAUUCCAAUUAUCAAAGAAAGGAUUUUUGAUUUAGCUGAUAAAGCACUAUCAAAUGCUGAAGAGUUUUCAAAUGAGAAUACUGUAUUUGAAAUAGAAAUGGAAAUACCUUUGAUGAUAAUAAA